AUGAUCACUCCAAUACGCAUUUUCAGUCUUACUUUGAUUCUUCUCACCACCAUUUCAUGUUCACAACCAUUAUCUUAUGCACAUAGUAAUUUUCUUGAAUGUCUAUCCAAAGAAUUCAACAACUACUCUUCCAUUUCCAACAACAUUUACACCCCAAUCAACUCUUCCUAUUCCUACAUCCUCCAAUUUACCAUCCAGAAUCCGAGGUUCGCCUCGGAUACUACUUCAUCACCACUAGUAAUAAUCACUCCGCAACACGAAUCACAGAUCCCGCCUUUAAUCCGUUGUGCCAGAGACACCGGCAUGCAGAUCAGAACUCGAAGCGGAGGCCAUGACUUCGAGGGACUAUCUUACAGAGCAAUACAACAAGUCCCGUUCGUGCUCAUUGAUUUGAUCAAUCUUAGUGAAAUAACAAUUGAUGUUGUCAGGAAAACGGCCUGGACCGGAGUAGGCGCAACCACUGGUUUGUUAUAUUACACGAUCGCGGAGACAAGUCCGGUUCUAGGGUUUCCUGGCGGCACAUGCCCAACCAAUGGCCUUGGAGGGUUCAUAAGCGGAGGAGGCUAUGGCACAAUGGUGAGAAAACAUGGCCUGGCUGCGGACAACGUCAUCGAUGCAAGAAUAAUAGACGCUAGUGGCAGAAUUCUCAACAGAAAAUCAAUGAGCGAGGAUCUGUUCUGGGCCAUUAGAGGAGGCGGCGGCACCAGCUUUGGCGUGAUCACUGCCUGGAAGGUACAACUGGUCGAUGUUCCAAAAACAGUCACCGUUUUCAGAACUGGCAGGACAUUGGAACAGAACGCAACUCAACUCGUCCACCGCUGGCAAUACAUAGCUCCGAACUUGGACAAAGAUUUGUUCAUCGGAGUCAUGUUAAACAGAACGAAUUCCACCAUGAAAGCGACGAUUAAUGCUACUUUUCACUCGUUGUUUCUUGGCGGGAUCGAAAGGUUGCUCUCCAUCAUGAAAAAGAGUUUCCCUGAGUUAGGGUUAGUGAGAGAAGACUGCGCGGAAGUGAGCUGGAUGCAAGCAAUGGUGUUUGAAGCUGGUUUCCCCAUUGAAACUCCUCCACAAGUCUUACUAAACAGAACUGUGCCCAACACAAGAAGGCCCUUUGAAGGAAAAUCAAACUUUGUGCAGGAAGCCAUUCCUGAAUACGGGCUUGAAGGGCUAUGGAGACUGUUUUACGAAGAUGAAGCCGAAGAGGCAAUAAUACUGAUGAGUCCUUACGGUGGAAGAAUGGCGGAGAUCUGCAACUCCGCCACUCCCUUUCCUCACAGAGCUGGUAACUUGUACAUAAUGUUACAAGCGACGUACUGGGACGAAGGCAAAAAUCGGGAAUCAGAAAAGUAUGUAGAGUGGAGUAGGAGGGUUGACAAAUACCUGACUCCUUUUGUUUCGAGGAAUCCGAGAGCAGCGUAUGUCAACUACAGAGAUCUCGACCUCGGAGUGAAUAACAUUCAUGGGGAGACGAGUUAUGAACAAGCCAGUGUUUGGGGGAAGAGAUAUUUCAAGAACAAUUUCGAUCGUCUUGUUUGGGUUAAGACUAUGGUUGAUCCGAAAAAUUUCUUCAAGAACGAACAGAGCAUUCCGCCGAUCCAGACACUAAAACAUAGUCCUUAA